GCGGAAGUUCUCGCAUCUGUUCGCGCACACACACACACAUACACACACAUUCAAACGCAUACACACAGUUGUCCGCACAAAUCUGGUUAAGAAAUAACACCCUAAAUCAUCAUUAUCCAGGAUUUACACUGCUCUACGCUAGAGAAGGCCGAAGGAGACCCAAAACAGGUGGCCUCUCUGCUACUUGUUUCUGGUAACGUCUUGUCAUGCCGUUCCCUUUCGUCAAGUCUCACAAGUGUCCAGCGGACAUUGUGAAGAAUCUAAAGGACAACAUGACCAUUCUGGAGAAGCAGGACAUUUCAGACAAGAAAGCUGAGAAGGCUUCUGAAGAAGUGUCCAAAUCUCUGCUGUCCAUGAAAGAGAUUCUCUAUGGUACCAAUGAGAAGGAGCCGCAGACAGAAGCUGUAGCUCAGCUCGCUCAGGAGCUCUACAACAGCGGCCUGCUCAGCACACUCGUCGCAGAUCUGCAGCUCAUCGACUUUGAGGGCAAGAAAGACGUGGCCCAGAUCUUUAACAAUAUUCUGAGGCGUCAGAUCGGCACACGGACUCCCACUGUUGAAUAUCUGUGCACUCAACAAAAUAUACUCUUCAUGCUGCUUAAAGGUUACGAGUCUCCAGACAUCGCUCUGAACUGCGGCAUCAUGUUGAGGGAAUGCAUACGGCACGAGCCGCUGGCCAAGAUCACCCUCUGCUCCGAACAAUUCUACGAUUUCUUCAGAUAUGUUGAAAUGUCCACCUUCGACAUCGCCUCUGAUGCAUUCGCCACUUUUAAAGAUUUGCUGACGAGACACAAAGUGCUCAGCGCCGAGUUUCUGGAGCAGCACUAUGACAGAUUCUUUAGUGAAUAUGAGAAACUUCUUCACUCAGAAAAUUAUGUUACUAAGAGGCAGUCGCUGAAGCUUUUGGGAGAGCUGCUCUUGGACCGGCACAACUUCACUAUCAUGACCAAGUACAUAAGCAAACCAGAGAACCUCAAACUCAUGAUGAACCUACUGAGAGACAAGAGCCGCAACAUCCAGUUUGAGGCCUUUCAUGUAUUUAAGGUGUUUGUGGCCAAUCCCAACAAGACUCCGCCCAUCCUGGACAUCCUGCUGAAGAACCAAACCAAACUCAUCGAGUUCCUCAGCAAGUUCCAGAACGACCGCGCCGAGGACGAGCAGUUCAGCGACGAGAAGACGUAUCUAAUCAAACAGAUCCGAGACCUCAAGAGGCCGACCCCGCAGGACGCUUGAGAAUCACCACCAGUAUAUACACGAACGCAUAGAGGAAGUCUAGACGGUGGCGUCUGGGCAAUGUUUGGCUCUCUGGGUCGUUGAGUGGCCGCAGCGCUGGGCAUGUUUUUGUGUUUUGCAGGAACCGUUAAAUGCCGUUUGAGCUCGGUGAGUGAUGUUGAAGAAGGGUUUUGCUUCGUUGGACAUCCAACCUCUCCCCCCUCGAUUUAUGUUUUAUUCUCAUGUUUAAAAAAACGAGCAAAGUGAACAGAAAAGACGGAAAUAGAUGCUGCUGCUUUAUUGCACAUACAGGAGGGGUUUUUUGUACCUCAUACACAAACAAACAUACACUCAGAUGCUAAGAAACCUACACAGAUGGGAGUUUGCUAAUUGGAUAGUGAUGAAUUCAGUGAUGAAUAUGCAUUUGUCAUAUCUCGUAUAGCAUUCAAACACACUCCUGUGACGCACGCAUCAUGUUUUGCACAUUUCGAGGUUGCAUAUCCUGGAUGAGUAGUGAACGUGUACAUAGGGUUUGUUUUUUUUCACUU